CUACUACCUAACUUUAUAAAAGCAACUCUUCCAAAACUCCCCCCACACCAACUCCCCCGGCCCACUAAACACAAUCCCUCCUCCCCUUCCGAUCUCUAGCCAUGGUGGAGAAGGAGCAAGUCAGGCCACUAGCCCCGGCCACCGACCGCCCGAGCAGCGACGACGAUGAGACUGCCCUACUCGCACGAAAAAUCCGGCGUAAAAGGUGCAUCAAAUGUUGUGGGUACAUCGCAGCCAUCAUGUUGAUCGUAGCCGUGGUGAUCGUGAUCCUAAUAUUCACCGUUUUCCGCGUGAAGGAUCCUAUCAUAAAAAUGAACGGCGUGACAGUCACACGGCUGGAGCUAGCCAACAACACGGCUCCUAAGCCAGGCGCCAACAUGUCCCUGACAGCCGACGUGUCGGUGAAAAAUCCGAACGUGGCAGCCUUCAAAUAUAGCAACACCACCACAACUUUGUUCUACCACGGCACGGUGAUCGGCGAAGCCCGAGGGCCGCCGGGGCAGGCCAAGCCACGGCGAACCAUGCGGAUGAAUAUCACGGUUGAUAUUAUCACCGACAGGCUUCUGUCCAGCCCGAAUUUGCAGGCGGACGUGAGCUCGGGGCUGUUGAACAUGAGCAGCUAUUCCCGAAUACCGGGGCGGGUGAAAAUCUUGAAAAUCAUUAAGAAACAUGUUGUCGUGAAAAUGAAUUGCACCUUUACGGUUAAUAUUUCGAGCCAGGCUAUUCAAGAACAGAAGUGCAAGCGGAAGGUUAGCCUUUAAUAUAUAUAUAUAUAUAUAUAUAGUAAUUAAUUAAGAUAAGGAUAUUGUGUGUUAUAUAUAGACUUAUAGUUUUAUGGGU